AUGCGGAAGUGGCUUACAAAGAUCACCGAACCGUAUGCCGACCAGCUGUUUAGUGGCUGUGACCAGAUGCCAUUUCGUGAAGCCCUAGGUCUCACGGGGUGGUACACUGUCUGUUGCACCCACCCUUUGGCUCAGGGAGCUGAAGAGACCCUGCGGGAAAUUAUUCGAUACACAAUGGAUGCUGAGAUGUUCAGUCAAUAUGAUUUCAAAUCGCACCGCCACCUACACUCAAACUCCACAGGUCAACCAGACGUAGCUGCGGCAUUCACUGAUCGGGCUAAUAGUGCAAGACCUACAAUGCGAGAAAAGAGUGAAGGGUACGAUGCAUAUGUUGCCAAGCGUCUCGUGGACGGCAUUUGGACUGCUUUCUUCUAUCAACGCAUGUCUACACCGAUGAUCUCUUACCAUCGUUCGCACAUUCAGCGGCCAAGACCCAUCGAAUGUCUUAGUGUGCUGACCUUUGACACUUUCAGCCACAGAAGACGGCUGAAGGAGGACGGCAAUGUUGACGCCACUUCUUACGUGAACUUUGUCGAUGGACAGUCUGCAUCAGGCGCAUACUCAAAAUGGCACGCUCUUAUGUGUGCGAUUGCUCACCAGGCUGUGAUAUCUUUCCUAUGGGAUCUGACACACCACUUACCACCGCCUGAUGUAGGCGGGGACAUACCUAGCUCUGGCAGUGGUAGGGAAUUACCCGGGAAACAGGAGCAAGAGCUAGCGUUGAAAGAGACAAAUUGA